AGGAGAGGAUCCAUGAGACGCAGGAGCUGAGGAAGCAGCUGCUGAGAGAAACAUGUGGCGGGGACAAAGAGACAUUCAACCACCGUUUAGAAGACGUCAGAGACAAAGAGCUGGAGAACCUCAUUGUGGACGACAAACACGGCAUCAUCUACUGUUACAUUCCCAAGGUGGCGUGCACCAACUGGAAGAGAGUGAUGUUUUCCUUGACCCAGGACGAGCCGUAUCCUGACCCUGUCUCGAUUUCUCCUGAUUUAGUCCAUCUCCCCAACACUCUGCCUCUCCUGAACAGCUUCCCAAGACCAGAGAUGAAGGCCAAGCUGAAGCACUACACAAAGUUCCUGUAUGUCCGGGACCCAUUUGUGCGUCUCAUCUCCGCUUACAGAAACAAGUUCUGGCAACACAAUGAGUACUUCUACCAACAAUAUGGCCGGCACAUUCUGCGCCUGUAUGCAAACCAGCCUGACCCUCCACAGAGUGUGGACGAGGCCAACACAUCCGGGAUGAGGGUCUCCUUUCAGAACUUCAUCCAGUACCUGCUGGACCCUCUGACGGAGAGGAAGGAGCCGUUUGAGCCCCACUGGAGGCAGAUGCACCGCAUGUGCCACCCAUGUCUCAUAAAGUAUGAUUUUGUGGGCCAUCAGGAGACUCUUCAGCAGGACGCCUCACAGCUGCUGAAGAUCCUAAUGCUGCAGGACGACAUCCAGUUCCCUCCUUCCUAUGAAAACAUGACCACACCUGCUUUUCUGUUAGACUGGUUCAGCGCAGUGCCCCUAGAAGACAGGAGGAAGCUGUACGAGCUCUAUGAGGAGGACUUCAGGAUGUUCGGCUACAAAAGGCCUAGAGAACUGCUGGAUGGUUGAGAGGACAUCAUGACCACUAACUCACUGCUGAGCAAAGAACAAUCUGUUAAGGACAUGACAAAUACUCAACCACGUCAAUUUAAGUUAUUAUAAGCAUUGUGGUUAUUUAAAGGCAUUUGUCUUUGCACAAAAGUCUUGGGAAUUAUUGUUAGGGGUUAGGAUUAAAGAAAAAGCAUGCCAGGAGGUGGGUAACAAAUAAGCAAAUCCACAAUAGUUAAAAACUAGAAAAUCAAAAGACAGGGAGAUAACUAGGACAUGGUGAAACAACAAGGGAAAUAAUACAGGAAGUGAUGACAAAAUGAUACAGAAAGUGAGGAAACUAAUUCUAAAUACACAAAAGCCUCAUUGACAUGAAGCACAGGUGGAACAAGCCAGGGUGGGGCAGACAAUUACAAUGGCGGGAAAACAAACAGAGGAAGAAAUGAAACAAAAAAAGACACCAUGGAUGGAAUGAAGUCUAGUAUGUUUGAUUUUUUUUUAUAAAAAUGGUCAUGAGAUAAAAAUCAUAGUACAUCAAUAAGUCUCAACCAAAAUGUCAAACUUAAAGGAAAUGUAAUAUCAAUGGAACUGUACUUAAGGAUCAAUGUAUUAUAUAUCUUAAUAAAGGUACACACACUCAGUCAGAGCUACUUUACACACACUUGAAGAAUGCUUACAUGUUUGAUUUCUGGGUGGAGGGGGGUAAGAGAAGCACACCCACAACCAGACACUUUUUUAUGCUUUAUUACAAAACAACAUGACAAAAACAAUACAUCUUUUAAGUUCCACACUCACAAAACAAGGUGAUGGUGGCAAGGUCCAUCCCGUGAGGCUGAAAUACAUUUCACAUUCACAUGUUCCAGUAGCUGUGAAGGUGAACAGAGACAUGUCACCUGUCAGUUUCUUGCAUGUUGAGAUUUCCACACUGACACGUAUCGUCCUGCUGAGCUGUGUGGCAGUGCAGGCAGGGACAGCCCCGUCACUGGAGUCCGUCUGAAGGACUCUCUCCACGGUUCUCUGCUCUCUGACAGCCACAUCGCUCUGCCUGAAGCCCAGGAUUGAUGCUGCAUGACGGGACAGUCUGUGGCUCAGCGGUGUGUCAGAGAGAGGAGCAGAAA